AUGUCAUCAUUUUGUGGCUUUGAUGAAGCGUCUUUCGACGAUUUUGAGGAUUAUACAUCCGAGGAUAGCGGUUUCGAGAAAAGUUUAGAAUCCAACUGUGACUUAUCGUUCAAUUUUGCCCCACGGAAGCUAAGUUUUGAAUCAAAGAAUUUGGCUUCAACUGUUUCAGACCAAGAGCAACCCGGUCCUAGGAAACGGGGUAGAAAAUCAUUGAAAGAUAAGAGCCUGGAACAGCUAUCAGCGGAAUUUAGUCCUAGCUUGGGCGUUCAAACUUCAACACCAACUAAACCACCGGCCGCUAAUGGCGAAGCAAAACCCAAGCGAAAGUAUGCAAUGGGGAAAAGCCGCAUAACGAGAAAUCGUAGCCCCACCCAAGUCAUGAAGAUCAAGCGAUUCCGCAGAAUAAAAGCAAACGAUCGAGAACGGAAUCGAAUGCAUACGCUAAAUGAAGCCCUCGAGAAGUUACGCCUUACUCUUCCAACGUUUCCAGAGGAUACCAAGUUAACAAAGAUCGAAACGCUUAAGUUUGCUUAUAAUUAUAUAUUUUCCCUAGUUCAACUACUCGAACUCGACGGUGAAGUUCAUUUGGAUUUGGAAAAACUACAAAGUCUUACUCUAAGUGGCGAACGGAUUACGAAGGAAUUGUUCGACGCCAUGUUCGUUAAUCCACCUCCACAUUUCAUGGAUCCCGGAUUCAGCUGCAAUGAUUUUUACAGUAGCAUGCACCAAUAUUCAAUCUCAAUGAGUGAUCCACAGGUAUACGAUCACCAAAACUUCUCUCGACAAAACUAUCAAAUGUUCCGAGGAGCCUUCGACGCAGCCUAUCACGACAGUGCCCACAAGAGUCAUUCUUUAAACCAUACUUUUCCUCCGACGGGUUACCCAACUGUUGGACUUCCUCAAAAUGGUUCAACUUCAAUGUACAACUCUCCUUACUAUAGUGGGACACCUCACAGUAGUACGUCUCUUCCGGUGGAUUUAAAUAGUUCCUCAUACCCGGCCAUGACACCGGCGGGCAGAAGCUGUGCCAAAGCAUCCAUCAUCCCGUCAGCCCAGCAAGGAAUGCAUUACGGGAGUAGUUUCUACAGCCAAACACCGCCCUGGUCCGAUACUUCGAAUUACAGUGAAGCAGCCGGGUUCCCGAUGGACGGUUCCCGGAAAGCUUGUGAGACUUAUCCUGUUCAGUUGUAG